GGAUGACGACAUGUUUCUUUGCUGUACCAGGGGUCGUCUGAUUAAAUAUAAUCAAAAACAUACAAAUCUGAUUCUCGAUUUAGUAUAAUCUUUGCACUCUAUGUUGGUUAAUAAUAGCAAUGUUUACAAACGACUUGCUUACUAUGUUGAACUUCCGUCACGUCACGAGCAUGCGGACCGGUGUUACUCAUAAUAUGACAGUACUUUGAGUACACAUGAUUGCAUGUUCAUUUAUCCAUUUGACGGACACUAUCUUGAGUAAGAUAACAGCCUCUCUGAAUGGUAAACGCUUUGGAUUAAUACACAGUGACUGCACUAAAGAGGAGUAACGGCACCAUUCAAUUACCUCCUGCAUUACAGACCUCUCUACUUUUUCUGCUUUCCUCCCGUGUCAUCAUUUUUGGGCUGAAUGCUGCAGGCAUUGCCUCAGAUUAGUAGAGCAGUUGUGAGGAUUCGUCGAGUUGGAGCUCAAAUCAUCCCAAUGGCUCAGAACUGCAAUGACUCAUCCACACAGAAUGGUGGCGCUGUCACUGCAGCUAUUCUUAUCAUAGGAGAUGAGAUUCUCAAGGGUCACACUGUUGACACUAACAGUGCUUUCCUGUGCCGCGGGCUUCGCAAACUUGGUGUCACCGUACAGCGCAUCACUGUGGUACCUGACGUCCAGGAGGUCAUCGCUAAAGAAGUGUCCCUUCAGUCCUCCUCUGUAACUCACCUCAUCACAUCAGGUGGCGUCGGGCCCACCCAUGAUGACGUCACUUUUGAGAGCGUUGCCAUGGCAUUUGGCGAAGGUCUGCAUGCCCACCCAGAACUGACAAAGCUUGUGGAGGAGUUCUUCGGUGUGGCCGAUCCUAACAGUGCUACUAUGAAGCUCGCCAUGGUUCCGGUUUCAGCAAAACUAAAUUUUGGCACAGAUCCCCAGACAGGCCGGCCAAAUCGCUAUCCUCUAGUCAGUGUCCGCAACGUUUACAUGUUCCCUGGCAUCCCCUCUCUGCUGGAACGGUCCUUUAACGGACUUACCCAUCUGUUUUCAGGUUCUGGAACCACCUUUCACAGCCGGGAGGUGUUUGUGGAUGCGGAUGAGACAGAAAUAGCCCCGGUUCUGACAAAACUGCAAGCGAGUUGGGGCAAGCAUGUUUCUCUGGGCUCUUACCCAGAUUGGCUGAGCAAUUAUCAUCGUGUCCGAUUGGUCCUGGACUCAGACAGUGCAGACGAGGUGGUACGGGCACGGGCUCAACUGAUAGAGGAGCUACCUAAAGGGAGUGUGGUACCACUUGUCACCGACCCAGUGUCAAUUGCGACUGAAGAGGUGUACUCGCUCUCAAACAGCGGUUCACCGCUGGGUCAGAAAGUAGCAACAGCGUUGAGGACCAUUGAGACGGCACUGGAUCAGUAUUCAGCUAAUGAGAUCUGUGCAGGCUUCAAUGGUGGCAAGGACUGCACAGCUCUACUGCAUUUAUAUUAUGCUGCCCUCAAACGGCGAUAUCCAGAUGGUAAAGACAAAGUAAAGGCUCUGUAUAUUCGGACUGUCUCCCCUUUUCCAGAAAUGGAGAGAUUCUUGCAAGAUACAAUUAAAAGAUAUGAUUUGGAGCUGAUCUCAGUGGAGGGAAGCAUUCGACAAGCACUAAGUGAGGUUCAAGAGAGGAGGCCGGAAUUACGUGCGGUUCUGAUGGGAACGAGGCGGACCGACCCUUACUCGCACACUCUGAAACCCCUCUGUCCUACAGACCCGGGCUGGCCUGUUUACAUGAGGGUCAACCCACUGCUGGAAUGGACGUAUCAUGACAUUUGGUCAUUCUUGAGAACAUUGUAUGUGCCCUACUGUAUCCUGUAUGACAAAGGGUACACUUCUCUGGGAAGUAUGGAUAACACUUGCAGGAAUCCUUCUCUUAAAAUGAUGGAUGGGAGAGGUGUGACCCGCUACAGACCUGCCUACCUCCUAGAAAACGAGGAGGAGGAACGAAACUCAAGAGCGUGAUGUCAUCAAUAGAGACAUUGUAGAUUGAAUGUAGCUGAAAACAUUUUUAAGAUGAACUGAAUCAAAAAAACUUCCAUGGCUAUUGCACCAUGCUAUUUUGUGUCUGCGUGUG